UGUGUGUGUGUGUGUGUGCACUUAUACACUUGCCCAGUGAGUCAGCUCACUAUUGCCGGGCAAAAGAGAAGAGAGGAUCGGUUCGGUCCAAAGAGGAGAUUAUUCCACACCGGGAAGGUAGAUGUGGUGAUUUACGUUAGCAAUGCAGAAGUGUUCGCAGCAAGCUUGUUGACGCAUAAUCCGGCCCGCCCCGCUGGCACUAGGAGGGGGGGAGAGCCUUAUAUCCAACCUUUAAGUCAAACCCUGGAGAAGAUCUAGGAGCGCACGGCUGCACCUUCCCCAGAUAUUUAUCUGCUCUUGCACGGAUUGUACCCGCGAACCAGAUUUCAUCAGAUCCAAUAGUUUUUUUUUAGUUUUUUUUUGGCACACCGUCACCGAGGCUAUUUGAUCACCGACGUUACGCCGCAGAUCUGGAGCCAUGACAGGCGCCCCGCUGGUUCCACAGCCCGCCUGCUGACGGUACCGGGGCAGGAUGGGAGAGAGGUCUGCCGCUGUCAGGAUCCCGAAGCAGCCGAUUUAUCAAUGGAGGAGGAGAGCGACACCCGGAAAAUUAACAGCAGCUUCCUUCGCGACCACAACUAUGCAACCGAAGCUGACAUUAUCUCAACGGUGGAGUUUAAUUCAUCGGGGGAGCUGUUGGCCACCGGAGAUAAAGGAGGAAGAGUGGUUGUCUUCCAGAGAGAGCAGGAGAGUAAGAGCCAGCCCCAGCGUCGAGGGGAGUACAAUGUCUACAGCACAUUCCAGAGCCACGAGCCUGAGUUUGACUACCUGAAGAGUUUGGAGAUAGAGGAGAAGAUCAACAAGAUCAAAUGGCUUCCCCAGCAGAACGCAGCCUACUUCUUGCUCUCCACCAACGACAAGACGGUGAAGCUGUGGAAGAUCAGCGAGCGAGACAAACGCCCAGAGGGCUACAACCUGAAGGAUGAUGACGGACGCAUCAGAGACCCUUCGACCAUCACUUCACUACGAGUGCCGGUGCUGCAACCGAUGGAUCUGAUGGUCGAAGCCACAGCCAGACGGGUGUUCAGCAACGCCCACACCUACCACAUCAACUCCAUCUCUGUGAACUCUGACCUCCAGACUUUCAUCUCCACUGAUGACCUCAGGGUGAACCUAUGGAAUCUGGAGAUCACCGACCGCAGCUUCAACAUCGUGGACAUAAAACCAUCCAACAUGGAGGAGCUGACAGAAGUGAUCACCUCGGCAGAGUUUCAUCCGGAGCAGUGUCACACUUUUGCAUACAGCAGCAGCAAGGGCUCAAUCAGACUGUGUGACAUGAGGCAGUCGGCUCUCUGCGACAAGCACUGCAAAUACUUUGAGGAGCCGGAGGACCCCUCCACACGCUCCUUUUUCUCCGAAAUUAUCUCAUCCAUCUCCGACGUAAAGUUCAGCCACAACGGCCGUUACUUGAUGACAAGGGACUACCUCACUGUGAAGGUGUGGGACUUGCAGAUGGAGAACAAACCACUGGAGACCUACCAGGUUCACGACUACUUACGGGGAAAACUUUGCUCACUGUAUGAGAACGACUGCAUCUUUGACAAGUUUGAGUGUGUCUGGAAUGGAUCAGACAGCGUCAUCAUGACCGGCUCCUACAACAACUUCUUCCGAAUGUUUGACCGCAACACCAAACGAGACGUGACGUUAGAAGCAUCGAGGGAGAACAGCAAGCCUCGAGCCAUUCUGAAGCCUCGCAAGGUGUGCGUGGGCGGGAAACGCCGAAAGGAUGAGAUCAGCGUGGACAGCUUAGACUUCAGCAAGAAGAUCCUUCACACCACGUGGCAUCCGCACGAGAACAUCAUCGCUGUCGCGGCCACCAACAACCUUUACAUCUUCCAGGACAAAGUCAACUAAAGUACGCCGACCCUGCUUCAACCCUGACCCCUAAAAAGUGCGGGGGCAUCGGGGUGUGUGUGUGUGUGUGUGUGUGUGUGCUGGGAUGUUAUCAAGCAAAGAAACAACAUCCUCCACCUCCUUCGGGCCUUGCUGCUGCUCACACGAUUUGCACUGAGGAUGUGCAGAGUUUCUUGCAAGUGGACGUCCAGUUUUGGAAUCAAUGGUGAACUGUUUAAUUUAUUAAUCCAUGCACACGCACGGACAGAAGGGAUUGACAGCUGCAUGAGCAACAAGAUGUAGCAGCUCUCUGGACCCUGGGGAUGGAAAAAAAAAAAAAUGGAGGCCAGAAACUAAACUCUUCUUCAGUCUGCUGCAAGAAAAGGCAUCCUUUUUUUUUGGACAGCGCCACCUGCUGUUCAUGUCUUUUUCUGCCUGCGGUCAGUCUGUCUUGUACCAAUUGUCUCGUCCCGUGAGGACGACUGUAGUCUGUUAUGUGAAUGAGGCUAUUUUUAUUUGUUUAUUUGUUUAGCUGCUGUGGUGCCUUCUUUUGGUAUGUGGGGGUUCAAUGUCAGAAGGGUCCGGGGUGGGCGGGAUCGAGGCGGAAGUGUGAAUGUUUUCUUGUUUACCCUUUUUGUCUAUUAUAAAGAAAAAUGGCCCCACGUGGUUUCCUGGUGAAACAAUGCUUGAGACAACCUUGAUGUGCAGUGCAGGCAAUAAGAAGUCAGCACAUACAGUAUUAUAGCCAUGCCCUGCUAUACUUUGUUCUAAAAAAAGAAAACAUUUUAAAAAGUCCAUUAUAAUUCUAACAUGUUGCAUGAAAAGGACGUCAUCUUGAAGAAAUUUUGAUAUUUUUCCUUCAACGCACCAAAUGAGGCACAAGUAUGGUUGUGUUUUACCUCACAUUGUCUGCAUCUUGUUGCAGGAGUGUGGUAACAUUUUCAAAAGCACCUGUUAAGAGCCGGCGUCCCCUGAGGUAAGCACUAAAAAAAAAUAAUAAAAUAAUAAAAAAAUACUUGAAAUCAGGGAAUUAAUACUGUACAUGUCAAGCGUUGUCUUCUAAACAGCUUUCCUUUGUGACUCUUCUAAUUGAAACAAAAAAAAACAUUUUAUAGCUCAGAAUGUAAUAAGAAUGCAGUCUUUAUGCUUACUGGACUUUUUGAUUUGAUUAAAAAAACUAAUAAAAAUGUGCAAGUUGGGAAAAAAAAGCUCCUUUGUGAUGCUGCUUGUGUGUCAGUCUGGUAGUGUGUAGUGUGAGGGCGCCACCAAGUGGACACAUUUCAACACAAACCAGAAUGGGUACAAAUAUACACUAUUUCUGUAUUGUAAUUAGAGUGAUAUUAAUGUUGGGCAAUUGUACCUCAUAGUUUUAUGUCAAUCUGCUGUUUG